GCUGCGGUCUGUUUCGCCGUUACUGUGCAACCCUCUUGCUCAAGUACUUGUAUCAUUAUCAUCAUCCCCAGAACUCAAGAAUACUAAAUGGACGGGUGGAAUAAACUUCAGUCAAGUCUUUCCGGCCUAAACCUGGGGCAGUCUGCCAACAAGCUGGCAAAGGGCUUCAACUCCAGCGUUCAGGCAACCAGGGAGCGUUUAGGCCAAGUUGCUCCAGAUGAAAUUACCGAGUUGCCUCAAGAGUACAAGGACUUGGAGACUCGCGUCGACGCGUUACGUCAGGCACACCUCGCGCUUCUCAAAGUAACGAAGGCUUAUGAGAACGAGUCAUAUGACUACCCGACUCAAAUUCAGGAGUCUAUCUCAGAGCUCUCGACCACUAUUGGCCAUGGCAUCACCAACUUCGCAGCUACAAACCUCAAGGGCACCAAUCUUCCUGCGCCUUCACCUGUCGCCCCUCAACUUGCCCAACACAAGACUCUCCCUCAUGCUCUCGGUCGCGCUGCGACCAACGCUGCCGCUGCCCUGCAACACACCCCUGGCGGCAAUGAGGAUAAACUCGGCAAAGCACUUACCGUGUACGCGGAGGUGUUCGACAACAUCGCGUCGGCUCGCAUUCAGCAAGACGACUCCAUUCAGAGGCAAUACCUCUACCCGUGGCAGACAACGCUUUCAACGUCUAUUAACGUCGCCAUGAAAGCACGCCAAGCUGUCCGCGUCAGCAGACUUGAGUUGGAUGCCGCUAAGCAGACCCUGAAGUCCACAAACCCCGCCAGGCAAGAGCAGGCAAGGCUUGAUGUUGAGAACGCAGAGGAUGACCUCGUUCAGAAGACUGAGGUUGCCAUUACCCUUAUGAAGACAGUUCUUGAGAACCCAGAACCCGUGAAGAAUCUCAAUGAACUUGUGAAAGCUCAGCUGCUGUACUUUGCUGCUGCUGCCGAAGCCCUCUCUUCCGCACAAGGAGAAAUUGAAGAGCUCAGUGUUGCCGCAGAGGGAGAAUACAGGAAGUCCCGCGAUCACUGAAGUGCCCCUGCACUAGAUUUAUGACAUGCCGUUUGUCCGUUCUGUCGCUAGCAUGUCCGUAGUUCUAAUUACCGCUACUGCUGUUGUCCUCGUACGUCUCCGUAUUGCAUACUAUGCCAACUGGAAAUAGAGGUGUACUUCCCCGAUCGACGGUUGAAUUAGCCAUCCAGACUUGUCUAAACCUCCGUGCCCUUCUCGCAGGGUUUGACUUUUCCCAA